CGGGACAUAUUACUUUGAUUUAUAGCACUAUGUUGUACAAGUUGGUUGGGUUAGUAGAGUAUUUGCGUAUCAUAGUGAGAAAACUUCAAGGUACAACUCCAAACACUGUUCACGCAUUAGGAGUUUAUGACUGCAGCUCUUCUAUUGCGGAGUAUACAAGUUCUUCAGAGACUCCAAAGCAAUCUCAAGCAUUGACGUCGCUUGAAGUUCAAAUAACCAAUCUUGAUGAAGAAAGGCGUGUUCCUUUGUGACCUGCAUUCUCAAGUUCGAGUUAUAGAAAGAUUUAUU